GGGGCGAGGCCGGGCCCAGCUCGGCCUCAGGAGGCAUGGCACUCUGGCGGGCAUACCAGAGGGCCCUAGCUGCGCACCCGUGGAAAGUCCAGGUCCUGACAGCUGGGUCCCUGAUGGGCCUAGGUGACAUUAUCUCACAGCAGCUCGUGGAGAGGCGGGGUCUGCAGGAACACCAGACAGGCCGUACCUUGACCAUGGUAGCCCUGGGCUGUGGCUUUGUGGGCCCUGUUGUAGGAGGUUGGUACAAAGUUUUGGAUCGGUUCAUCCCUGGUACCACCAAGGUGGAUGCACUUAAGAAGAUGUUAUUGGAUCAGGGGGGUUUUGCCCCAUGUUUUCUGGGUUGCUUCCUCCCACUGGUAGGGACACUCAAUGGACUGUCAGCCCAGGACAAUUGGGCUAAACUACAGCGGGAUUAUCCUGAUGCCCUCAUCACCAACUACUAUCUCUGGCCCGCUGUGCAGCUAGCCAACUUCUACUUGGUCCCCCUGCAUUACAGGUUGGCCAUUGUCCAGUGUGUUGCUGUUGUCUGGAACUCCUACCUGUCCUGGAAAGCGCAUCAGCACUAAAGCUACUUUGUCCUGUCACUCUUACCUUGCAGUGAUGCACCUUGAUCCUGAAAUGGUUAGAUCACCUUCUCAGAGUGGGCACAUCCCUUUCUGUGGGGCAGGCUUGCUGGGGUGGACCUUACUGGGGUUAGCACUCUGAAACGGCACAGACUGCUUCUGAAAUCACCAGAACCAGGUCUGAGAACUGUCAUUAGUUUCAUUGUGUGAAUAUUAGAGAGCAUACUUACAUGGGCCUAGAUGGUAUAAGUCAGCCACUGAUGUGGCAUCCUGAUAUAAAUGAGAUGCAGGUCUGGAAGUGUGGCUUAAGUGGUAGAGUGCCUACCUAGCAAGAGCAAGACACUGAGUACUACAAAAAAAAGACAGUAAACAAAAGAUAUAUCAGGCUCUGCCAGCGUAACAUGGCUUACUGUUUCAGAGAAAGCUUUUUCAUAAGUAGUGAUGCACUGUAAUGAUACAGUAAAUACAUUAACCAGUAACAUUGUCA